AUGGGGCUUGAGAGGAGAGCCAGCCUUCGGGAACUGAGGGAGAGAAAGCAGAGGGCGGCUGCGGCUGAGGGUCCUUCUGAAACCCAGCCGCACAGGGGAGAGGCCCAGGAGCAGUCAGGAUGCAAAACUGAUGCAGAGACCCAAACGCCAGCGUGGGGAAACCUGGUGAAGAGCAGCACCGGGACGGCCGCGGGGACCCAGGCAUUGGAGAAGAGCAAGAAAGAGGACAGAGGGGGGGAAGGAGGAGAGACCCAGACCCGAGGCUCGGGGGUCCAGCGUCAGGCAGCAAGUGAGAGCGGCGAGGAGGCCCUGGGGCCUGGGUGGGCAGAGCAAAGCCAGGUUAGCGGUGACAGCAGCACAGAAAUUCAGGCAGAGAGGAGAGACCAGGGCCAGGCUGGAGCAGGCACCACCGUGAUGCAAAUCCAAGUACCAGAGACACAGACCCUGGCAGGAGUACACAAAGGGCACGCGGAGGGGACCUGGGCCCGGGGGCGGGGCAAACGGGGCUGUGCGGGGUGCGGGACUCUGACAGAGACUCCAGGACCAGGGUGGGAGGAGCAGGGUCAACACAGCCGUGAGCGCCCUGGGGAGACCCCAGAACCCGGGGGAGAGAGCCAGAAACAGCCACGACGGGAAGUUCAAGUUGGGCGGGGACCCCGAGGCCUGCAAAGAGGUGAGGGUCCCGGGGCAAGCCAGCCCCCUCCAAGGAAGCUCCUCAGGGAGAUAAGGCAGGAGGACUGGAUGGUGAUGGAGGUGCUGUGGUGGGGAGACCAGGCGCCCGCCAUCAGCGAACUUGUCAGAGAAUUUGAGAUGCCGCCUGGGGGGAAGAGGGGCCAGGAUGGGGGAGGACACAGCACAGAGGCCCAGGUGCGGGCGCGGCGCGGCCAGAAGGGUGGGGGUGGGGGCUGUACAGAUGCCCUGGCACCGGAGGCCCUGGCACCGGAGGCAGAGGGGCAGGCACAGUUACGAGGUGACAUUCAUGUCGAGGGCCAGCCGUCGGCAGGGAGAAGCCAAGAGCAGUUUGGCAAGAAGCAUGACAAUGACAGCAGCACGGACAUCCAGGCCCCAAGGCAGAGGGACCCAAAAGGGGUGACAGGUGACGACAGCGAAGACGCCCAGAAGCCUGGGGAAGAAAAGCAGGGUCAGUUAAGCAGGGAAGUUAGUGGAGAUGUUAAUAGGCCAGAGUGGGGGAGUCACCAGCGCCUGAGGAGCAGAGGGGGUGCUGACACCCCGGCGGCUGCGGCAGAGGACCGGGGGGAGCAAGCACGUGACGGCCAAGGAAGGACCCGUCUGAUGGAGCGGGAGCAGGAGGAGCGGGCUGGAGGAGAGAAACGAGCAGAAGUGACAGCUCCCGGGGACGGACGUCCGAGAGCGGCCGGAGCAGAGGAAGGUCCGGAGACCUGGGCGGCUGGCGAAGGAGACCAGGGUCAGUUACGAGGGGACACCGACGGGAAGGCCCAUUUGUCAGAACGGCAGAACCCGGAGCACAGGGGAGGCGAGAAUGGAGCACAAAUGGAGCCUCCAGAGACGAGAAACCAGAGAGAAUUUGGAGAUGAGGAUGGUGCAGAGACUCAGAGACCCGAGAGAAGGAACAGGAGACGGUCACCUAGAGAAACUGGGGAGGCUCUUCCACCGUGGAGGAGGGCCCGGGAGCAGGCUGGAGACCAGGACAUUGCAGAAAAUCAAGCACCGGAGAAGAGAAAUGAGAGAGAGGUUGGCAGUGAGGAUGGUAGAAACAUCCAGAAACGUAGCGAAGUGAACCUGAGACUGAUACAAAGGAAGACUAGUGGAGAUACCUGGUCAUCAGAGUGGCAGAACCAGGGGCAGACUGGAGGUGACAGUGACGCAGAGACUCAAGUUCAAGGGGACGGACAGCAGAGUGGCACCAGGGGCGAGGAUGGCUCCGAAGCCCAGGCCCCAGAGGGAGAUGAGCAGAAAUGGUUAAGAAGUGAAACUGCGUCAGAGAUUGGGGGUGCGGCAGAAAUCCAGGGUGUCGGGAGCCAGAGCCUGUGCGGAUCUGAGGGUGCUGGGGGGAGAGGAGGGAGCGAAGACCGGAGCAGAGGAAGAGAGGCCGCUGGAACCGAUCUUCAAGUUGACUGCUCUGGGAGUGAGGGGCCCCCAGCUCUCUCUGGCUCUGGACACGAGGUCACGGAGCAGGAAGAGGCAGCGGCCUCCGCUCCCUGUCCUGAGGGAAAGCGUAUUCCCAGCCGGGAGGAGCUCAUCCCAGUGGCCAGCGGGCAGGGAGAGCAUCUGGCCAGCCAGAGCUCGGCUCCCGCCAGGAAGGGCAAGGUGGAGGUCCCUGCAGCCCCCCAGCAGGCCCGACCUAAACCCCAAAGAAGGCGACGGAGGAACCAAGAGGUGGCCCCAGGGGAGGCCUCCAGGCUGACGGAGCAUCUCCAGAACCCACAGUCUCUGGCUGCUCCGCUAGGCCUAGCCUCCGCCUGCCCCUCUCUCUCAUGUGACGGAGCCCCGCAAGCUGCCGCGGCUCUGGUGGGAGUCCCCCCCGCCCUCACUGUCCUGCCCAAGUGGCCAGCCCUCAAGAAGAGCCAGAGACUGCUGCUGGAGUCCCUCAUGCGGCGGAAGAUGGCUCACCUGCAGUGGGGGCUCCCGCAGCGCAUCCGGGCCUCUCACUCGCUCUCUGACCUCAAAGAACUCCACUCACUGCCCCUUGCUGCAAUGGAGCUCCCUGGAGUGGAGGGCGGGGAGCUCCGAGGGCAGCAGGGGGCCCCGGGUUCCAGGCCAGUCCCCAAGAAGCCCCAGAGACCUCCGCCUCCAGUAAGAAAAAACUCCAACCUUCCAACAGGGAUCAGAACUCUGGAGAGGUGUGGACCCCCCAGGUUCCAGUCCAGUGGCAUUUCCGUCUGCCCUGAAAAGCCUAGGCGAUCACGGCCACCAGGGGGCCCCAGAGAACCACAAGCUGCUCAGGCAGAGGCUCCCCUUAGGACCACGCUCUGGGAUCCUCCUGAAUCUAGGAGCAGUGGGGUCCCAGAAAGGGUGGGAGCGCUGUCCAGUGAGAGCGGCAAGGGCAGGAACCUGGUCAGGCCAGGCAUCUCCCUGCUGGCCGAGAGGAGGCCACACUCCAGGACGCGCUGUGACUCCUGGGAGGGAGAGUGCCCGCCCCAGAAGCCCGUGAAGCCCCCCAGACGCUGGGCAAGAGGAAGCCUGGCAUCCACGCACAGCAGAGACCCGGGUCAGCAGCCUUGCUCCAGCUCCUCCGCCACCCCCAGCUUCAAAGGGGGUCUCUACUCUGCCGCAGCCGGGCUGGGCAGGACCUUGCUGGGCAAGCUGGUGGGGGGCCCUCCCCUGGCCGAGCCCCAGCACUCAGCCCCCAGUCUGAGUCUGAGGGAUCCGGGUCCUAUGUCCCUCCGCAAAGGGGGUGACUCCCAGGCAGGAGCAGGCAGCGUGAGAGACCACACUUUGAAGAGGGACCUGCAGCCCCCAGCUCACUCCUGGGCUGCAGCUUCUCUUCCCAAGACAGAGGGCCCCCAAAGCCAAGGUGCUUGGGAGACUCCAAAUGGGGUCCCACAGAAUCCAUCAGCCCCCCGCAAGUUUGGUUUUGUGAACUACGUUAGGUGUUUUCUGCACCAGCAUGGCUUCAGAAGGUAG